UCACUUCACUUCAGUACACUGCACUUCCCUCUAUCUUGCACCCCCGAGGCUGUCUGGCGGCGAGCAUUCUUGUGUCGCAGCUGCUUGACUCCGGAAACAACACCACCCGACCGACGGCACGCUCGGCACGAAUGUAUAUGUACAGGACCCUGGGCCAUUGAUAUCACUCCACCUCCACACCACCUCCACCUCACCCUCACGCCCUUCUCGUCGCCCAAUGUGACUCGGCGACGGCCAUGGCGACCACAGUAUGCACCACAACGCGCGUGACAGUCCCCGCCCGACCAACCACCCCUCCGCCUCAACUCUCCAUCAAUACCACAACAUCCCACCGCACCACCCCGCCCGCCGCCUCCACCGUCCCAAACAAACACCUCCCUACCUUCCCCGCAAUCGCCCAACCCGUCGACAACUCCCCUUCCUCUCCGCUCCGCCCCUCGCAAACCCUCGAGACCACCUCCCUCACCUACCCGCCUAGCGACUACCCCCGCAUCACCACCGAUCCCCCCGUCUACUCCAUCACCGGCGCUCAACUCGCCCAAGCCCUACACCAUCUCGAAACCCAACCCCUCCCGCCCGCCAAACAAGUCUUCCCCUGGUUCCACGGCCUGCACCCCGACAACCAGCUGCAACUCGCCUUCUUCACCGGCCGCAAGAAGUCCCUCCGCCGCACCCCCAAAUGCAUCCGCGGCUUGACGAUCGUCAAAGCAGGCGGCGACCUGCUCGAAGCGAAGCUGAAAGGCGCCAUCGCGCCGCAGGAGAUUCUGAAGCCGUGCGAGGUGCACGAGGAGCAUGAUGCGUGUGCGGAGGAGCACAGUGAGUUUAUCGACGUCGAUCCUCGCGAUGGCUUUGGGGUGCGCAAUUUCCAGAUCCAGGCGGGCAAGAUGGCGACCGUGAGUGAUGUCGUGGUUUAUCGGGAUCUGCUCGCCCCCAAGGAGAUGGUGGAGGCGUUGGCGAAGCGCAUCUCGCGGGCCCAAGCGGCGUGGCAGCGCAGGGCGGACGGGGGAGGAUGUCAGAAUCGCUUGUUCAAUACUUUUAUACUCUCAGACGACUUUGAAACCAUGGAAGCCGAACACCCCGAGCUGGUUGCGGUGGAUCGCAACGGCCGCGCCACUGGCAAGGUCAUCGACUUCUUCCACUCCGAGCGAGUGGAGAUGACGGAAAUGUCGGCCCCCACGCAAAUCACCCGCAAUGUCUGGCUGGGCCCAAGUCCCGACCUCAACCUGGCGCUGAUUCCGGAAGGAGAUCGACUGAUCGACAACCGACAUUACGAUAUUCACAUUCACGCGAGCGACAUGGCGGAUCUUCCGGACGCGCGCGCCUUUGAGCAUAUGGAGAGGUUUCUGGAGCAGCGAGAAAACGGGACCAUACGCGGACACGAUGUGCCGAUGUUGGAGUUUCCUGGCUCAGGAGCGAUUCUGCCACCAACGUGGUCUCAUGCAGAGGUGGAUGGACUGAUGAUGACGCUCGAAUGGAUGCGCAAACAAACCACCAUCAAGAAACAGUCACGAAGGCGCCGAGACAGCAAACUCUCCCUCACCCCCGAGCGAGACGCAGAGGGCGACACUCGAAUGCAAGACGACGACGACGACGACGAAAACAACACCGAAGAAGGCCGCAUCAUCCUCAUCCAUUGCCCAGACGGCUACACCGAAUCCUCCCUCCUCGCCCUCGCCUACCUCAUGUACACCGAAUGCAUGCCCGCGCACCAAGCCUGGCUGCACCUGCACCGCGAACGCGGACGCAACUUCUUCGCCUACGCCUCCGACCUCGCCCUCCUCAAAGCCAUCCAACCCCGCAUCCUGCAAGCCUCGCCUGCCCGCGCCACUCUCCCGACACAGCAGCCUGUCCGUGACCUCGCUCCGCCGGCCCCCGAAUGGCUGGACAAAAUGGAUGGCAGCUUACCCUCGCGCAUCCUGCCUUAUAUGUACCUUGGCAAUCUGAAUCACGCCAACAACCCGGAGCUACUGCGCGAGCUGAAAAUCGGCCGCAUCCUGAGCGUAGGCGAACGAGUAAACUGGAGCCCCGCAACGCUGAAGCAAUGGGGCAAGGAAAACCUCAUGUUCGUCGACCAAGUGCAGGACAACGGCGUGGAUCCACUGACAGAGGAAUUCGAGCGGUGUUUGCAAUUUAUCGCCAACGGCCGCGAACAAGGCCAGCACACCCUCGUGCACUGCCGCGUCGGCGUCUCGCGCUCCGCGACCAUCUGCAUCGCCGAGGUGAUGGAUCGCUUCGGCCUGUCGUUCCCGCGCGCGUAUUGCUAUGUGCGGGCACGGCGGUUGAAUGUGAUUAUCCAGCCGCAUUUGCGCUUUUCUUACGAACUCCUCAAAUGGGAAGAAAGGCAGUGCGAAAAGCGCGGCAAGCCGGUGCGUCGGGAGCUGGAGUGGGCGACGAUUGCGCGCGAGAUUGCGGCUAUGAAUAAGCCUUAUUCGAGGCAGAACUAGGCUGCACGACCUGGGGCUCUUUGAUGUCUUUUGAUGAUAUGACUGGGAUGACUAUGGAAUGCGGGAUGUUCUUGCUCUGGUUUUGAUGAUAUGCGAUGACUGCGGACGAUCUUUUUGGGCCUCGAGCGAUGACUGGGAAGUCUUGUAUGGGCAGCGAUUGUCUUUGUGGUGUUGGGAUAGAUGAAGUCAUGAUUUUCUUCUUGUUAAGGUCCUCUGCAUUUCCCGUCGUGCUAUGACGAUGCUGCUGGUGUCUACGUAGCACG